AUGUCUGCUGCUAGUACUGGUAGUGAAGAGAAACCUCAAGAGGAUGAGAACGUUCUUGAGGGCGUUACACAGAUAGUUGGACCUGGGGUACAAAGAGACUUACAGACUGAGGUGGUACUGAGCUUUGUGGUGAACUUGCUAUUAUAUGUGGUUCUGGUAAUUUAUUUCGUGGCAACUUUCUACUAUGCUACUAGUAAGAUAGUUCCCUAUGAGUUUAUCGAUGAGAAAUUCCAUGUAGGUCAAACUAUAGAGUACAUCACGGGCCAUUGGAGGUCGUGGAAUCCCAAGAUUACUACACCACCUGGUCUUUAUCUGCUAGGAUGGUUGAACUACAAAUGGUGUAGUUUUUUCACUUCUUGGAGUACACUGACUAUUUUGAGAUUAGUAAAUCUCUUUGGUGGUGUCGUCGUUCUACCGAUAACCGUGUUAAGACCAUUGUUUUUAUUCAAUGCCAUUGGAUUCUGGCCAGUGGCACUAAUGAGUUUCCCACUGCUGACAAGUUUCUAUUACUUAUAUUACACAGAUCUCUGGUCUACAAUUUUCAUUCUACAGUCCCUUACAUGUGUCUUAACAUUGCCCUUUGGUACAAACGGUAGCAUAUGGGCAAGUAGCAUACUAGCUGGGCUAAGUUGUCUGUUUAGACAAACGAAUAUCGUAUGGACCGGAUUUAUCAUGGUAGUAGCCAUUGAAAGAAGAGCGGUUAUUCAAAAACAGUUUAAUUCCAAUAAUGCUAAUAACUACCUGAAAUUUUUCAUCCAUGCAAUUGAUGAGUUUGGGACUUUGGUACAACCUUAUGCUGUUAAUUUCUUUGUAUUUUUCCUUUAUUUGGUUUGGAACAGGUCGAUUACCUUAGGUGAUAAAUCCAACCACUCUGCAGGGUUCCAUUUAGCCCAACUAUUUUACUGUUAUCUGUUUAUUGCAUUCUUCAGUGUUCCCCUGUGGUUUUCUUCGAGUUUCUUAAAAAUAUACAAGAACAGACUACUCCAGAAUCCAAUUCGAUAUCUGGUAGAGAUUUUGGGGAUUAUGCUAGUCAUUAGGUUUUUCACUAAAGUUCAUCCAUUCAUUUUGGCGGAUAAUAGACAUUUUGCAUUUUACAUUUUCAAAAGGUUUCUAGGGAAUCCGAGUAAAAUGGUCAAGUAUUUGAUGAUGUCCCCCAUUUACCAUUUUGUCACAUAUUCAUAUUUUGAAACUUUCAGACCAAGUGAAAUGGUUUUCGAAAAUGUGGCACCCAUUCCAGUUAAGGACCCUAUCGAUUUACCAAUACAGUUGAGUCAUGUUUCAUGGACAGCUCUCAUAGCUUGUACAUUUGUUACGAUUGUUCCAUCACCAUUAUUUGAACCUCGUUAUUACAUUUUACCGUACAUGUUUUGGAGAUUGUUUUUAACCUGCAAUGCAGAACCGCUAUGGGGGGAGGUUGUACCGGCGCCACAGGGCCAACCGCCCGUAACAGUUUCGUCAACAAAGAGACUGGCAUUAGAAUUCUUUUGGUUCAUGUUGAUUAAUUUUUUCACUUUUUACAUCUUCAAGAAUCGUCCUGUGGUUUGGGAAGAUGAACCAUUUUUACAAAGAAUAAUAUGGUAG